AUGCUGUUGGGAUUUUGUGAAGACUACAGGCGUGUGGUGAUCAAUGCACGUCAUGAAUUGAUUCUCAUACGCUCGCGCAACGACAACAAUUGUCUAAGAGGAGAUGCCGAGAUUCAGCCUGAGAUUGAAUUACUCAGAAGCACGACUAAGCAUUCGUGGACCGUCAAGGCAACAACGCAACUCGAGAAGCCGCGAUACGUCAUCUUUGCGUUGCAAACUGGUCGAAAGAAUAACAUAACGAGAUCGAUAACUCGAUUCGACGAUUGCAAAUUAACUAACGUGAAACUUUAUCUAAACUCGGAAUUUUAUCCAUACGACGAUUUGAACCUCGAUUUCGGCAAGAAGAGAUACGCCAUCCUGUAUGAUAUGUACGCGCGGUUUUACAAAUCAUAUUAUGGAGGCAAUCAUGAUGAGGUGCUUCUUCCCAUCGACAAAUUUGGAUUUUGCGGUCCCUUCGUCAUCAUCGAUUGUUCGCGACAGAGCGAAUCUGUGAAGACUGCCACCGUCGACGUGCGAUUAGAGUUCGACUGCAUGGAAGACAUACCGGCGAAUACUACAGCCUACUUUCUCAUCAUACACGAUCGCGUGGUCGAAUACAGCCCGUUGACCAACGUUGUGCGCAGAAUCACUUAA